AUGGGGACGUCGUCAAGUAAUUCGAAACAGCUGGACAGACAGCAAUCUUCCUCGGAUUCGGUUAGUGACGUGUCAUAUGCCCGUGUGACUACUAAUUCGGAAAGGGAGGAGACCGAUUACUUCCAAUUCCAAGAAAGUUCGUCUGCUAAGAAGGAGACGAAAACGGAUGAGAGCAACAAUGCUGUUUUGAUUCAAGAAAAGACACAGGAGGAGACAAUCCAUAAUUCGGAUGGUUCUUCCCGCUCACCCUUUGGGAAAUUCGUCGACUCGUUCAAAAGAGUUGAUGAGAAGCAAACAACGUCAGACUUGGAGUCAGGUUUAGGCGAAGUACCUGGAGAAAACAGCGACUUGAAACAGACAAUCAAGAAGAGACACGUCUUGUUGAUCUCUCUGGGGACUGGGAUUGGUACUGGGUUGCUUGUCGGUAACGCAAAAGUCCUUAGAGAUGCAGGGCCAGGUGGGUUGGUCAUUGGGUACAGUAUCAUGGGCUCAUGCCUCUACUGUAUCAUCCAAGCGUGCGGUGAAUUGGCCGUCUGCUACAGUUCCCUACCAAGCAACUUCAACAUUUAUCCAACUUUCCUCGUCGACAAAGCCUUCGGGUUCGCUGUCGCCUGGGUCUAUUGUCUGCAAUGGCUAUGUGUUUGCCCGCUGGAAUUGGUAACGGCCUCUAUGACCAUCAAGUACUGGACAACCUCGGUUAACCCUGAUAUCUUCGUCUCGAUAUUCUUUGUGUUGAUCAUUGUGAUCAAUACUUUCGGUGCAAGAGGUUACGCUGAAGCAGAGUUUUUCUUCAACUCAUGUAAAGUGUUGAUGAUGGCCGGGUUUUUCAUCCUAGGUAUUAUCAUUACUUGCGGUGGUGCGGGGACCAGCGGCUACAUCGGUGCCAAAUACUGGCAUUCCCCAGGUGCGUUCAACGGUAAUCGUCCCAUUGACCAUUUCAAAGGUGUCAUGGCCACUUUCACGACAGCAGCGUUCGCCUUUGGUGCCUCAGAGUUUAUCUCUUUGACUGCCGCUGAACAAUCCAACCCUCGCAAAGCCAUUCCAAAGGCCGCAAAGAUGAUGAUCUACCGGAUUUUGUUCGUGUUUCUAAGUUCCAUCACUUUAAUCGGGUUCCUAGUCCCUUACAACUCACCUUAUUUGUUGGGUUCCGGAUCAGACGCGACCAAGGCCUCGCCCUACGUCGUGGCGGUCGCAUCCCAUGGGGUAAGAGUGGUACCGCAUUUCAUCAAUGCUGUGAUUCUGCUCUCCGUACUGUCCGUGGGGAACUCCGCCUUCUACUCAAGCUCCAGACUAUUGAACUCAUUGGCCCAACAAGGUUACGCUCCAAAAAUGUUUACGUACAUCGACAAAAGGGGCAGACCUUUGGUAGCAAUGGUGUGCUCCACCUUGUUCAUGACCAUCGCUUUCUGUGCUGCCUCUCCUAAGGAGGAGCAAGUAUUCACCUGGUUAUUGGCCAUCUCCGGGCUCUCCCAACUUUUCACCUGGGUGGCCAUCUGUAUCUCUCACCUGCGGUUCAGAAGAGCUCUGAAAGUUCAAGGCCAUUCACUGGGGGAAAUUGGGUUCAAAUCCCAGGUGGGGAUCUAUGGGUCACUUUACGCAGCCACUAUGCUGAUAUUGGCCCUAAUCGCCCAAUUCUGGGUCGCCCUUGCCCCCAUUGGCGGUAAUGGGUUGGACGCUAGAAACUUUUUCCAGAACUACCUGGCAAUGCCUAUUCUGCUGGUUUUGUACUUUGGAUACAAAAUCCGGAAAAGAGACUGGAAGUUUUGGAUUCCAGCUCAUAGGAUCGACUUGGUCUCUCACAGGAAAGUUUUCGAUGAAGAUAUCCUGAAGCAAGAGGUUGCAGAGAUAGAGCAAGAGAAGAAGAACCUCUCCACCGGUAGGAAGAUACAGGAAUUCUUCUUCUGA